AAUUAUUUAAAAUUAAAGAUAAAACGGGGGAAACUCUAACUUAGUGGCACUCUCUCUCUCUCUCUCUCUCGAUUUCAGAAUCAGGUACUCAGCUCCUGCUUCGAACAAACCCAAGAAUGAAUAGGGUGAUCGCAAGAAAACUUGCUUUGAAUAUUUACGGACUGAAGGUUCCGCAGAAGACUUUUUGUACUGGUGUAGCUGCCGAAGUAUCUACUUCUACUUGUGGUGAACCAAACAGUGGGCAUGAGGAGAAGCAUGGUUUAACAAAUAAGUUUAACCAAUAUGACAUUGCUAUCAUUGGAGGAGGCAUGGUUGGCAUGGCCCUGGCUUGUUCCUUGGCAAGCAUGCCUUUGACAAAAAAGUUGAAUGUUGCCAUUGUUGAUAGUAAUCCUGCUCUUGGGUGUAUGGGCAGCAUUAUGAAAGAUGAUCCCCCUGAUCCCAGGGUCAGUACGAUCACUCCUGCAACUAUUUCUUUUUUCAAAGAUAUUGGUGCAUGGAAAUAUGUUCAACAGCAUCGGCAUACAUAUUUUCAGGAGAUGCAGGUUUGGGAUUAUACUGGGUUAGGAUACACACGAUACAAUGCUAGAGAUGCGGAUAAAGAUGUGUUAGGGUGUGUUGUGGAGAAUAGGGUGCUUCAUAGUUCUCUGUUUUCAUGUAUACAGAACACAGAUUUCCAGAAGACAAUCUACCCUUCAAGAUUAACGUCAAUGACUUCACGUCCAAGCUCUUUACCCACAAAUAUAAGCAGCACAUCAAGGACAGCAUUGAACAAUUGUGGACAUUUAGCUGAGCUGGAACUCAGUGAUGGCAGUAACUUAUAUGCGAAGCUGGUGGUUGGGGCUGAUGGGGCCAAGUCACGUGUCAGGGAAUUAGCAGGAUUCCAAACAACUGGAUGGAACUACUCGCAGAAUGCAAUCAUAUGUACAGUAGAACAUGCUGUGGAAAACAGGGGUGCAUGGCAGCGAUUUCUACCCGCUGGUCCAAUUGCACUUUUGCCGUUGGGUGAUAGAUAUAGUAAUAUAGUUUGGACUAUGAAUCCAAAAGAGGGAUCUGAAUUUAAAUUGAUGAAUGAUGACGAUUUUGUGAAGGCUGUAAACCAUGCUUUGGAUUAUGGAUAUGGCCCUCAUCCCCAGUCAAGCCUCUUGGGUAGUGGAGGCAUGUUCUCAUGGUUUAGAGCUGAUUCAACCUCAGCAGCUAAUGAGUACUUUGAAAUUCCACCAGAAGUGGUCAAGUUGUUACCGGGAAGGAUGGUAUUUCCUUUGUCUUUAAAGCAUGCUAAAAGUUAUGCGUCAAAGCGUGUUGUUCUAAUUGGUGAUGCAGCACAUACUGUUCAUCCUUUGGCUGGUCAAGGAGUCAAUUUGGGGUUUGGAGAUGCAUUAGCUCUUUCAAGAGUCAUUGCAGAUGGUAUUGCCCUAGGCACGGAUAUUGGGGAGAUUUCUUUGUUGAGGAAAUUUGAAGCAGAGAGGAAACCGGCAAAUAUUAUGAUGAUGGCAAUCUUGGAUGGGUUUCAGAAGGCAUAUGCUGUUGAUUUUGGACCUCUAAAUUUGUUACGAGCUGCUGCACUCCACGGGGCACACCAUAUCUCACCAUUAAAAAGGAAUAUCAUUUCAUAUGCUUCAGACAGUAGGAUAAGUCAAUAGACAAUAUUCUACUAGGUUCAGCUCAUCUCCAGCCGCCCCUGAAUUAUGGUUGGAGCAAGCAUGACUGCAGCAAGAAAGGCAAAUGAAAUAGAAGUUGUAUUGAGAUAUAAUGUUUUCUUCUGAAAGAAAAUGUAUUGUGAUUGUGAAGCAAAUGAUAUAUUAAUCCAUAGCAUCUUAAUUCUCAAAAUUUACAAAUGGAAGUGCAUCUUCCUCUCCUGUUCUGUAAUUUUUGCAUUGUAAAUUAUUAUAAUUCAUGUACAAUUUCUAUAA